AAAGAUAUUAUAAUUAAUAUUUCUGAUGAUCAAAUUACUUUAAAUAAAAAUGAUUUUAUUAAAUUAAUUAAUAGAACUAAUAAAUUAGAAUUACUUCAAGCAAAAUCAAAUUUAACUUUUGAAAAUAAAAUUGAUUUACUUUCAAAAGUUCUUUUUAAAGAACAAAGAAGAUUAAAUCAUUUAAUAGAACUAGAUCCUAAAAAAUUUUUAAAAUUAAUUACAACUUCUAAUUUUCAACUUAGUAAAUUCUUUGAUGAAAUUUUUAAUGCUAUAAGUCCAAAAUAUAGAAAUUCUCAAACUAGAGAAAAUGAUGAAAAAUUAGCUAUUGGAUUUUGUUAUCUUCUUGCUAGAGCUCGAAAUAAAUUUGCAAAUAAAUUAAAAAUAGAGAUAGAACUUUAUUUAUUAGCAUCUGGAUAUAGUUCUUCUGCUAUAGAUAUAUUAGCAAAUCUUGGAAUUUCAGCAU